AUGGCUCAAGGAGGAUUCAAGUUGAAGGCUGCGGCCUCAAAGGGCAAAACUCAAAAACUUACCAAAGGAGCCGUCCACAUCGCCCCCAAGAAAACAAUUCUCGUAAAACAACAAGCCCUCGCAAAAAAGCUCACCGCCUCAAUCCAACGCAAGAACGAGGCUGUAUUGGCUGCGAGAGCUGCUGCGACUGGAAAGUUGAGUUUGGGGUCGAUGAGAGAUAUGGCGAAGGAGAAGAAGGCGGAUAAGAAGGGAAAGAAGGGACAUGCGCCUGCUAAGAAGUGA